CCCGCCCCUUCCUUCCUGCUUCAGCUCAAGAUGGCGGCCGAGGUAGAUUUCGGCGACCGCGAGCUCUUCCAGCAGCUCGAAGAAGCGGAUGGGCCGCCACCGCCUCGCCUCAGCUUCGAGAAGGAGGAGGCGGCGCCCGAGAAGGCUUUGGAGGAGCUGUACGAGCGGCUGCGGGACCGCGAGGAGACGGUGCGGCGGCUGCGGGCGGAGAAUCAAGAACUUAAAAGGAAGCUGAAUAUUCUGACUCGUCCUAGUGGAAUUUCAGUGGACAACUCCAAACUUGAUGGACCUCUAUUACAGAUUUUAUUUAUGAACAAUGUAAUUUCUAAGCAGUAUCAUCAAGAAAUUGAAGAUUUUGUUUUUAAUUUAGUUCAGAAAUAUGAGGAGCAGAAGAAAGGUGAACAAGAAAAAACGCACUUCAAUGUUAAGCCACAGCCCUCCAGUGUUCUUUUGGAAGAGGACUGUAAGACAGCAAGCUCGAACUCUCUUAAAAAAAUGAAAGAAGCUUUUAGUGUUGUAGGAAGUGUUCUAUAUUUUACCAAUUUUUGUCUCGAUAAACUGGGACAGCCUAUAUUAAAUGAGAAUCCACAGCUGACAGAAGGAUGGGAAAUACCUAAAUAUCAGCAAGUUUUCAGCCAGAUUCUCUCCCUAGAUGGACAAGAAAUACAAGUUAAACCAAAAAGCAGGCCAAAACCGGUUUGUUUCAAUUGUGGUUCUGAAGACCAUCAAAUGAAGGACUGUCCACAGCCACGAAAUGCAGCUCGUAUAAAUGAGAAGAGAAAGGAGUUUAUGGAAGCUUAUGGUGAAGCGAGCAAUCAGAAUUAUCAGCAGCGUUAUCAUGCAGAAGAAGUAGAAGAGAGGUUUGGAAAAUUUAAACCAGGAGUAAUUAGUGGAGAACUUCAAGAUGCACUUGGUGUCACAGAUAAGAGUCUUCCUCCGUUUAUAUAUCGCAUGCGUCAGCUGGGUUAUCCUCCAGGUUGGCUCAAGGAGGCUGAAAUGGAGUACUCGGGACUUGCGCUUUACGAUGGAAAAGAUGAUGGUGGAACAGAAGAUGGUCACCAACCAAAACGCACCACUUACGAUGUUUCUAAGCUGAUAAACUAUCCAGGCUUUAAUAUAUCCACUCCAAGUGGGAUCCCAGAUGAAUGGCAGAUGUUUGGUUCCAUCCCCAUGCAGCCGUCUCAACAGAAGGAUGUUUUUGCUAACUACCUUUCUAAUUUUCACGUGCCAAGUCCAAAAUCUGGCAAUAAGAGGGCUGCAUCUCAGUCAAGCUCUCAUCAUUCAAAACGACCGAAAGAAGACAGUUCAGAGGUACCAGCAGCUGACAUGGACAUAGAUUCUGAUCUGGAAGUGUCACAAAAACCUCAAACUCCUAACAGUUUUCAGUUCCAACCUCCACUGCCACCUGGACAUCUGCCAACGUCAACUCCCCCUCCUUUACCACAAGGAACACCACCACCAUCUCAGCCUUCAACACCCACUCAUCCUCCUCUUCCUAGGACUACUCUGCCAUCUAAUCCUUCUAAUGACGUUCCUCAGCCAAAAAUCGUGGACUCGGUGAUGGAUGAGGAUACUCUGACCUUGGAAGAGCUAGAAGAACAACAACGAUUAAUCUGGGCAGCACUAGAGCAAGCAGAAAGCACAAACAGUGACUCUGAUAUUCCUGUUGAUACCCCUUUAACUGGAAAUUCUGUUACAUCAUCACCAUCUAGGAACGAAGUAGAGCUUGUUGCAGAAGUAAGAUCAUCUGAUAAGGUUAUUACAGUGGAAACAAGGUUUUCUGACAUGAGUGAACAGAUACCAGAAAAUGAACAUUCUGUAACUGGUCCUAAUCCAGGAGAUGGUUUACCUAAUUUAAAGGAGAAUCCUGAUAAUACAGAUUCGGAAGGCUUGCUGGAUAACACCGUCCUGGCUCCCACCUGUGAGGUUAACGAUGGAGAAGAUGCAGGUGAGGAUAAAGUGGUCACAAGCCUUGAAUCAUCUGCAAAAAACUCCAGUCUUGUUCCUGAUAUGAGCAAGUUUGCUGAAGGGAUAACACCAUUUGAAUUUGAAAAUAUGGCGGAACCAACAGGUGUUUAUCUACGAAUAAGAAGUCUGUUAAAAAAUUCCCCAAGAAACCAGCAAAAGAAAAAGACUUCAUCUUAACUGGUCUUCCUUUGUUUCAUUAAGUCCAAAUCCCUGCUUCCUUAUCUUUCCUCCUCCAAUUUUAUGAACUCGGAUAACCUUCCUCAUCCUUUUGUGGGAAGGAGAAAAUCUUGACAAAUACAGCUCUGCCCUGUUCUUCCUUGGACGUCAAGUCAGUGCCGGGCUUCCGUAUUUACCAGGACCACCCAUGAGGCCAGAAAAUAGGAAUUUUCCCAAAUCUCAUCCUUCCACUAAGGAAUAACAGGACUGUUGAUUUGUUAAGAGUGAUUUACUUGCCAAUACAUGAGAGGAUUUCCCUAUCGUGAGAGGAAAUCCUCUAGAGAGGAUUUUGUCAUUUGCUGUUUGUUACUUUAGCCAAGAUUUAUAUUGUCCUUGAGUUUCAGGUGGAUUGGUGAUUUUUUUAAUACCUGUCCUUUGUACAAUAAUCUAUGCUUUAUACAUUUUGCUAAUUAUCCUGUAGAUAAGUUUAAUAUAUUCAGAAUGUUUUUAAAAUGUCUGAUACUAAGAUUUCCCACAUCACAAUCCUGGCAAUUGGAUGAAAAUAAUUGGGGACUACCAGCAUUAUCUUCACAGUUUCAAGUAUUUUUAUAAAUUAUUUAUGUGGGUCAGAUUUAAUUACCACUGUAUCUUUUGUAACAUCAUCCUUCGUGUAAACUUGCUGUACAUACGUGUUCAUUGUUGUGUACAGAGGUUUAAUAAAUGAGCUUUUAUAUAAAGGGGUUUUUUAGUUGGAGUCCUAAGCUAUCAAACUGCUGAUUUUUGAAACUAAACUGCUGAAGAUAAUUAGAAAAACAGGCUGAUGAAAAUGAGGAGGAAAAUAGUUAAAUAUUUAAGGAAGAGUUGCAACUACUGGGUUCAGAUUUUCAUAAUGAAGAAGAUGUUAAAAGCAUUUCAGCUACCUAAACAGACCCUUACCAUACCAUCAAGUUUCGUAAUCUGAGGAAUUGCCCACUUUUGAAAGCUUGGAAGUGUUGUAAUUCUGCUAAUUAGUUGUACCUGUAGGUGAAAUGACUGUAUGUUAUUUGCAUUGCCGACAGAGGGAGCCCUGGACUGAACAGUAUUCAGCUGAGCUGGCAAAGCUUUGUUUGUCCUUACAUACGUGCGGGGAAAAAGUCUUCCUCACCAAGUGAAAUCCAUAAUAAAAGUAUUUUCAAGUAUCGAAGAAAAUACUUGUGAAGGAAUGAUGUUCGAAGGUAGUUUUGAUAAGAUAACUUCAGAGACUGAAUUUAUACUCUGAAGUUUUUGGCUUUGCAGAUCAUAUGCAGUUCCAAAUGAUUAUAUGAUUUUAGUACACUCUGCGUUUGAAUGCUUAAGGAAACCCCAGACUUCUUGUAGUUGAAGCUUUUAUAUUUAUUCUUUUUUUUUCCCUCCAAACUUUACAGGAAGGGAAAAAAGCAAAGUAUCUGUAUAGUACCAGCUUGUCUUCCAAGAGACUGAAACAAAUUUUUACAGCAUAUACCAAAUUUUGCACUUGGAAAGCAGUGGUCAAGGUAAAUGUCCUUUGUAUGUGCUAAAAUGAAACAUAAUGUUUGAUGUUUCUGUAAGAAAUUGAUAAUGAAAUAAUACUGACAUGAAAAAAAUAAGACAAACCCUGUAGCUCGAGAACCAAGAGUGGGAGGGGAGAGACGAAGAGAUGGGUAUAGAAUGUGUUCCAGCCUGUCGCGGUGAGACAAGGCUCAGCUCGAUCACUUCAUGCGAUACGGGUGGAUGUAGUUCAAAUGCAGAUGUUUUUCACCCUCGGCUGGAAAAUGUCAGUGUGCAAGAGCAAACAGCGAGUUCCAGUCAAGACACUGUGCCAGGUCACAACUCUCUGUCUGUGAAGCAGUUUUUAGCUAAUAACUUAACUGCUUGAGCACCUGUCCUGUUCACCAGACCUGGCUCCCUCUUCCCAAAGCUCAAGUCGGUGCUCAAAGGAGCCCAUUUUUUGUCAGUAGAAGUUGUGAAAGCAAAACCACUUGAUCCUCAAAAGCCUUUCAGAAAAUAAUCUGCAGAAUUGCUCUGUGUAUUGGCAGCAUCUGUACAGAGCUGUGUGUCAGCUCAGAAGGGAAGUGUUUGGAAGGUGAUCGUAGCUGAUUUUCUGAAUUUUUUGAAUAAAAAGUUGCAGGGACAGUCUCUUUUUUUGGUAAUUUUUGUGCCAUACCUCCUACGUUCUUUCCAGCUUCUACAUACUUUACAAAGAAAUCUAUUGUGAAGCGUAUGGAGAUUUUGUACUUUCUCCAUGCCUCCUUCUCCCAUAGCGUUAAAAGCUCAUAAUAACAGUUUACAGAAGCCUUUAUAUGCUCUGUGCUGCAUCAUUCACAUGUGAAUUGCAAUGUGAUGUGGGGCAUGAGGUAAUGAUUUCAAGUGUACACACCUUUUGGGUGUGUUCAGGUGCUCAUAUUUUAAACACGCAGUUCUCUCUCCACACCUCAGAUCUUUUUUUAAUAGGUCUUAUGAAAUUCUUUCGUAGGGUAUGCAGCCCAAACUUCACAGGAGUACUUGUGUACUCCUAUCUUGCUUACAGAACCCACGAGAUGUGCAAUGUAUUUAUAUGCUUAGAACCCAUUAGUGCUCUAUAUGUUCGCAGUAAAAUCGUAAUAAAUCACCCUUCCAUCUAAUAGAUCAGAUGUCUUCCGUGUAUGUAGAAAUUCUCAGACUCAUCCCUAACUUAGCUUUUAACUUUAUUGCUUCCAAGAUUUACACUGAAGGUAUUAGAGUAAGGUUAAAAUGAAGUCAUUUCAGUGACGCGGCUUUUAAUGUAAUGGUAAAUUCUAGUUGAAAUAUGUUAAAUCCUUAAUUUUAUAAGGCUUUGAAUUUUAAAUUGUUCAGCAUUUCUUAUCACUUUGACCACUCCUGUAUUUGCUGCACAAAAACUACUUGGAUAUACAAAGAAUUUUCACUGUUGGAAGAUGAUGCCUUCUGGUAUCAAAAGCAAAUAUUAUUUGAGGGGGUCUGGGGAAGGGGUGGCCUCUGUUUGGGUCCACAUUUUAUAUCCGCUGGAAUUUUCAUCCAAAGUGAUGGGACUGAAUAAUUGUUCCCUGCAGUGUGCUAUGAUUGAAAACUUGUGUCCUAUGCUGUCACGCUUGUGUAAAUGCUUGAAUUAAAGUUACCACAACCAGGAUUGUUCCCAUUUAACAAUCUUGUUCUUUAAUGUAACAGAAAGUGCCAGGCUCCUGUGAAUGCUGAGUCAUCUGUGUGCUCAGAAGUAUUUUUUAUAUUGCUUUUGUGCUGCUUUUACUCCUUUUAGUCUUGGUAUG